AUGUCUAAUCUUGUUCUUUCUGUCCCCCCGCUCGUAGGGAGCCUCAGUUCAGCCAUCGCCUCCUUCACGGUUCUCGUCUUCCACAUCUUCUACCAGGAUCGGAGACACUUUCGUCAUGCUCUUGUCGUCAAUCUCCUUGUAGCAGACUUCUUGAAUGCAUUCAACAAUUCUGUCUCUGGGAUUGCCAUCUUCACUCGCGCUGAUCGCAAGCUGCAACCAGGCCCGGCCUGCAACUUCAACGGCUGGCUCGGUCAGAUUACCGUGCAAACAGUGGACUUUUCCAUCAUUGCGAUAGCCAUUGUUGUCCUCAUUACCAUCAAGACACCCCACAUCGUGUCGCAACCGAGUGCAUGGAAAGCGGCCGCACUAUGCGUGCUUGUCUGGGUACCCGGAACCAUAACAAGUUUUACCGCUCUCGGACGCUCGUUUUAUGGUCCUGUCAGUGGCAACUGGUGCUGGAUCAAACCCUCACUUCGGCUUGAGCGUUACCUUUUAACACACAUGUGGAGGAUAGCCAUCUUCAUCUCCACCGUCGGUGUAUACAUCUGGAUUCACGUGUCACUUCAUCGCAUGUAUGGGGACUCAAAUAGCACGUUCGAGCAACCCACGACCCGAUCCUAUCCCGUCGUAAUGGAAGACCGCCACUACGACGCAUUUUCACCUCAACGGGACGACGACGCUGCCGCACUUGUGGAUGAUCGAGGUGUUUGCCCUCCGUCAGUCCCGCCUAAAGACCCGAGCGCUAAGAUAACGAACGUCACGCGGAGCGGUGGGGUGGAAACCACGCGCAGCGGUGAACUACGACGGUCGCGGAAGAAAGAGAUUCAGCGCAUUUUGCUCUUGAACGGGUAUCCGUUCAUGUACAUCAUCCUUUGGAUACCGGGAAUUAUGAAUCGCGUUGUUGAAGCGGCGAGAGGGAAGUCACCGGUAUGGUUAAUUGCCUUGCAGGCCUCAACACAAUUCGUAGGCUUAGCCAAUGCGCUGGUCUACGGGUGGAACGAAGGCUUGCGUCGCCGAGUGUUCAAACGCUAG